AUGAAAUUCAAGACUGCAAUUUGCCUUAAGGCCCUUCGGACUCACAUUGAUAGCUACAAUAAGCCUCGCAGAAACGGAGAAAAAUGGCUUCUCACACUCAAGGAUACUGAUAGUCACAUUAUUGGGGUGAAUGAAGAACUCGUCAGCACCGUUCGGGCCAUCACUUUGACUGCCCAACAAUAUGCUUUUAAACUCAAUCCUAUUAAUGAAAAUGGGGUCUGCCAGUUAGGAAAAAAACAGCUCAUACGUGGAGAAUGUUCUUUCUUUUUGCAUCCUGGAGAAGAACUAGAGGCUGGCGUGGAGGAUGUCUAUAUUUUAAGUCAGAAUGAGGGGCUAGUACUUAAAGCAACGGAGCAGAUUACCAUUGGUUCACGUACAUAUUCUCCAGGUGAAAAAUGGCUUAUUCAAGGGCCCAUGGAAUACGUUCCGCCAGUAUCUGUCGAAGUUGUCUGCUGUCGGACUUCUAUUCCCUUGGAUAAAUCAGAGGGUAUAUAUGUGCGCAAUACUAGAUCUGGACGAGUAAGAGCAAUUAUUGGUUCGUCCUACCUGCUUAACGAGGACGAAGAUUUAUGGCAAAAACAGCUCCCUCCUACAGUAGAGGAGUUAUUAGCAUGUGAUGUCUAUCAAACAGAUUGCAGCUUAUUAUCUGAAUGUAUAUCAGACGACACUUCCCAGAAAAUUCCUGGCCGACUCCAGUUGAAUACGCAGAAGCGCUCAAUUGCAUCAUCUUACAAGCGUCUAGACAAAACGAGAGUGGGUCAUUAA